GACUGUGGACCAAGGCAACUGCUUUAGCUUUGCAGAUGUUGUGUCGGUAUAAAACUGUGCGCCUUUUAGCAUCCCCCUGUGUGUGCGCGCAUCUCUGGAAGGACACUUCACAUGUAAACUCCGAAGGGAGAGCAGAGAAGGGGUGAGCUGAGGAAGCCAGUUUCUACCACAGCCAAAAUGAAGCUUCUGGCAGCUGCUGUGCUGAUGGCGGUGCUGCUGGGCUCUAAUGGCGAAAACCAAGCCGCCGUGGUUUCUGCAGACUGCAAUGAUGCAGGAAUAGAAAGGGAUGCUGGAGUGGCCCUCGACUUGAUCAAUAAGCACCGCAAGGAUGGCUAUAUUUUCACCCUCUUGCGUGUUGCCGAUGCUCACAUACAACAUGCGGGAAAUGAUUCCAUCUUGUACUUAACUCUGGAUGUGCUGGAAACAGAAUGCUCUGUAUUAUCUCGGAAAAACUGGUCAUCUUGUGGAAACAGGCCGUUCUACGGCUAUACAGACUUUGGGCGAUGUAAAGCUGUUGUGCAAAUAAACCGGCUCCUUGAGGAAGAGAAACUGCAUAGAUACAACUGCACUAUGAGCCCAGUUCCACCUGAAUUAUACAAGUGCAAGGAUUGUCCAGUGAGGGUAACAGUCAUAGAAGCCACUGAAGAGCACAUGAAGUACGCCAACGGGGUCUUGGAGCAAUACAAUCAGGACAGCAACCAGACGAACUAUUACAAGGUGGAGGAAAUAAAAAAAGUUUUCAGUGCGGUGGCCGAUCGUACGGCGUACGUUGUUGAGUUUACCAUCAAAGAAACCUCGUGCCCGAGAGCCAGUCUUGCAAGGAAUAUCUCGGCGUGUGAAUUUCUCUCUGACAGAACUGCGCGCAAAGGAUUCUGCAGAGGAAAAGCCGUUAAGGAGUCGGAUGCAAAAGAUCCCAGUGUGAUUGAAAUAGAGUCCUGUGAAAUCUACGAUAUUCAAGAUACAGGAAAAGGUUGCCAUGUGUGCGGGCACACAUGCAGGCACCCGCCACAUGGGCACCCUCACAACCAUGACCACCACCGCCAUGGUCCUUGUCACCAUCAUCACCAUCACAGCUUCGGACCUCACCAUGGGCAUCGCAAACAUCAUGGGCAUCACAGGCAUGGGCACCAUGGGCAUGCGGGACCCAGAGGUGACCACAAUUGCUCUGAAGAAUAUCCUGACUUCCCUCCUCCUCCAGGACCUUGCUACCCUCCUCCACCCCCUGGCGGACCACACCAUUUCCCGCCUUUGAACGGUCCCCCACCUCCUCCAGGGCCACCACAUGGGCCUCUUUGCCAUCCUCCUCCCCCUCCCGAUGUCCCUGACGAUCGUCCCACGUCUCCCCCAAAUCAGCGGGUUCGUAGGCAUAGCGGCCACCACAAGCGCUGUCACGGCCCCAGGUGUCGUAAGGGGUCAGCUGGGAGAAGAGGAGGAGGGUCUUCUGAAGAGCACAGUUCCUUUGGGGACCACCGCCCCUCCCACGGCAGCAAAGCCGGGUCGGUCUACUACAUCCCAGUUGCGAGUCCAGACAAUGUCCUCCAAGUUCCUGGGGCAGACUUCUUUGGCAGCCCAGACAGUCAGCAGGGAGGCCACAGGGGGCCGCCUUUGUGCGGCAAAGGCUUUCGAGAGAAAACAACACUGCAACCAUUCCCAGAAGCUGAUUCAGAAUCAAAAUCAUGCCCAGGGAAGCUCAAGUAUGAUCGGCCAGGCCUUUUGUCUUUGUAUCCACAAUGAAACACAUUCCCAUUAAGCCGAAGUGUUUCCGUAACUACAUAGCUCCACGGCCUUCAAUAGUGAAAAAUAAAACAUCUCUAUACUCAAA